AUGCGCCGUUGGCGACGAGCAAGGGCACGGCUGCGCCCCCCGGUGGGCGGAGGUGGAACGGCGUGCGCCCGCUCGGGGCGGGGAAGUCACCGGGCGCGCUGUUCGCGACCAGCUGAGCGUGCGCGACUGCCGCGCAAGCGGGUUCUGGCUGGGCGGCGCGGGGCUCUCCCGUCAGGGCCUGGAAAGUCGGGGAAUGAGCCCACCACCACCCACGCCGGGCGGCUGGAGUGCGGCCUGAGGCCUCGCCCAGGCCUGUCCAGGUCCCUGGCCGUCCCAGUGGAGACCAACAGUGAGCUGCCCCUGGGAUCGCCUCAGGGGUGUCACGUGAUGGAAGGCAAGGAGUUCCCUGCCAUGGGGACGGGGCCCUGGGACUUAUCUGCCGCCGAGGCAGAUAGGCCCAGCUGGUUCCUCCUGGCUGGAUGGCAGGGCAAAGCUCGAGAUGAGCUGCAGGCCAGCAGGAAGACCAAGAAGAAGGAAGGGGGGGGCCUUCGGGCCCAGAGAGCAUCAUCCAACGUCUUUUCCAACUUUGAGCAGACCCAGAUCCAGGAGUUCAAGGAGGCAUUCACGCUGAUGGAUCAGAACCGAGAUGGCUUUAUUGACAAGGAGGAUCUGAAGGACACCUAUGCCUCCCUGGGCAAAACCAACGUCAAGGAUGAUGAGUUGGAUGCCAUGCUCAAGGAGGCCUCGGGACCCAUCAACUUCACCAUGUUCCUGAAUAUGUUUGGGGCGAAGCUGUCGGGUGAGAACCAUGGGGUGGGGAGCACCAUGGAGCCAGGCUUCUCCCUGGCCAGGGGCAGCCUUCAGGCCAGUCUCAUCAAGCGGCUGUUGAUGUCUCAGGCAGACAAGAUGACCGCUGAAGAGGUUAACCAGAUGUUCCAGUUUGCCACCAUCGAUGCUGCAGGCAACCUGGACUACAAGGCACUGAGCUACGUGCUCACCCACGGGGAGGAGAAGGAGGAGUGA